AUGGAAGAAUAAGGUGAGCGUCCAGAAACAUCAAAGUGCUCGAGGAUGGAAAAACGAAGAUUGGUGUCACAGUGUCAUCAAAGACAGGAGUCUAGUCAAGCUCAGAGAAUUAAUGGGAUCACUUUAUAAUAAUAUUUCAGAGGAGGCAACUUCAAAGUCCUGGAGAUUAAUGAAGAUGAUUGGGAUAAUGAAUAACCUGGGCAACAGGCAACCAAAGCUCCACCUCUUUAAAAUAACAAUUUUCGUAUUAAAACUGAUAAGAAAAUGAACAACAAAAAACUACUUGAAAGAUCCCCUGUCUAAAACCUAACUAUGAGCAAGGAUUUUAACCAACGUAAAAUUAAUCGACCUCAUAUAACAUCAAAUGAAUUCUUUCAAAAUGAAGACGAUCUUCGUAAAACUAAGUUAGAAUUGAAGUACGGUCGUAUGAGGGAGGAUGCAAUUAAUCGCUUUGGCAAUCCGGAUCAGGAACUAUUAAAUAAAUAUGCAGAUAAAUUUAACAUCAAUAAGGAACCUCCAAAAUUAACACUUGCACCAAGAGAACUCUUUACAAAAUUUAAAUGA